AUGCGGCCAUCGCAGGGGGAGCCCUUCCUACCGCAGUCGUCGCCGGUGUGGGAGAGGAGUUGGCAGAUGGGGCCGGCUUCGGCGGAGGCGGGCAGUUCGCCGGCGCCCUUCCAGCCGUCGCCGUCCCGGAGCAGUUCGCAGACGACCUACCAGCAUAGGCCGGUAGAGGAAGGGCUGCUGGGCCGGAGGGACGCCUUAUUGCUCGGCAUCGUCUUCUCCGCCAUGACGCCGGCGCUGCUCGCCCCUGCCGGCGCUUUGGCGGAUGAGGCCACCGCCGGUAGUGGCAAUGGCGACAUGCUAUAUAAAAAGCUCUGUGCGCGUGUGUCUACAGGCUGGCUGGUCGGCGUCGGCGAGGCCAGCGGCAUCAACUCCGUCACGGCGUUCUACCCCGAGCAGGCCGCCGCCGACUCCAACGUCAGCGUCGCCAUCACCGGGAUCGGGCCGGACUUCACCAGCCUCAAGUCCUUCGGCGACGUCGAUGCCUUCGCCGAGGGCCUGAUACGUGCCCUGGGCAGGAGCUGGCAGAGGCCGCCGGGGCUCGCCGCCAAGCUCAUCCACUCCAGGGCGGCAAACAGCCUGUACUACCUGGAAUACACGCUGCAGAACCCCGGCGAGCGGCGGCGGCACAUCGUCUCGGCCAUCGGGAUGGCCUUCAACGGCUGGUACAACCGCCUCCACUGCGAUGGGCCAGCGACUUUUGAAUAUAAUGGGAGAACUUUCCCAUAUGCCUUUGGUGAUGUUCUGAAUGGACGUACCCCUGGGAAACAAUUUGUCAAGAAAUUUCAGGGAAGCCCGUACUUGUUUGUUAAGAUGGACCAAUGCAAGGCUACGAUCUACGGAUCGGACCUGACAAACUACUGA